AUGUCCCUUCCCAAGUCAGAAGGCGUGCAGCAGCCGACCAACGAGACUUUCGUCGACUCAUACCAUCCUCUGAACCCCGAUAGCACAUCGCUAGAGGAUUACAACCGUACCAUGCUACAUCACACCCAGCAACAGAUUUCUUCCUCUGUCGACAUGAGUGACUCGCGUGAUGGCAGCGGCCCCAAAAGUCGUAGCAGUGAGCACUCUGAUGUUUCUGAUCAGGGUUCGUCAGAGUCUUGA